CCGAGCGCACGUAGCGAGGGCUGCGGCCGCCCCUUCCCCGGCGCGCCGGCGCGGCCCCGGGGUUAUAAAAGGGCCGGACGGGCUCCCUCUGCCGCCCAGUGGCACCGCUAGCAGCCGGCUUGAGGGUAGCGGGGAGGUAGCGGCCCGAGCGCAGGCGACAGGACCCGACGGGACCCUCCGCACCCGAGCAGUCGCCGCCCUCAACGGCCCCGCUGUCUAGGUGUGUGACCCUGUGAAGUCUUCCAAGAUGAUCUGGUGUGUUUUAAUGAUAGGGAUUCUACUCCCUCAGUCUUCAGCCCAUCCAGGCUUUUUUACUUCAAUUGGUCAGAUGACUGAUUUGAUCCAUACUGAGAAAGACCUGGUGACUUCACUGAAAGAUUAUAUCAAAGCAGAGGAGGACAAGUUAGAGCAAAUCAAAAAAUGGGCGGAGAAGUUGGACCGACUAACCAACACAGCAACAAAAGAUCCAGAAGGGUUUGUUGGGCAUCCUGUAAAUGCAUUCAAGUUAAUGAAACGUCUGAACACUGAGUGGAGUGAGUUGGAGAAUCUGGUCCUCAAGGAUAUGUCAGAUGGCUUUAUCUCUAACCUGACCAUUCAGAGGCAGUACUUCCCUAAUGAUGAAGAUCAGGUUGGGGCCGCUAAAGCUCUGUUUCGUCUGCAAGACACCUACAAUCUGGACACAGACACCAUCUCAAAGGGCAAUCUUCCAGGCGUGCAACACAAGUCUUUCCUGACCGCUGAGGACUGCUUUGAGUUGGGCAAAGUGGCCUAUACAGAAGCAGAUUACUACCACACGGAGUUGUGGAUGGAACAAGCGCUAAUACAGUUGGAGGAAGGCGAGGUUUCUGCCGUGGAUAAAGUCUCUGUUCUAGAUUACCUGAGCUAUGCCGUAUACCAGCAGGGAGACCUGGAUAAGGCACUUUUGCUCACAAAGAAGCUUCUUGAACUAGAUCCUGAACAUCAGAGAGCUAAUGGUAACUUAAGAUAUUUUGAGUAUAUUAUGACUAAAGAAAAAGAUACCAAUAAGUCUGCUUCAGAUGGCCAAUCUGAUCAGAAAACUACACCAAGGAAAAAAGGGAUUGCUGUGGAUUACCUGCCAGAAAGACAGAAGUACGAAAUGCUGUGCCGUGGGGAGGGUAUCAAAAUGACUCCUCGGAGACAAAAAAAGCUGUUCUGUCGCUACCACGAUGGAAACCGGAAUCCUAAAUUUAUUCUGGCUCCAGCCAAACAGGAGGAUGAGUGGGACAAACCUCGUAUUAUUCGUUUCCACGAUAUUAUUUCUGAUGCGGAAAUUGAAACCGUCAAAGACUUAGCAAAACCAAGGCUGAGGCGAGCCACCAUUUCAAACCCAAUAACAGGAGACUUGGAGACGGUACAUUACAGAAUUAGCAAAAGUGCUUGGCUGGCUGGCUAUGAAGACCCUGUGGUGUCUAGAAUUAACAUGAGAAUACAAGAUCUCACAGGACUAGAUGUUUCCACAGCAGAGGAAUUACAGGUAGCAAAUUAUGGAGUUGGAGGACAGUAUGAACCCCAUUUUGACUUUGCACGGAAAGAUGAGCCGGAUGCUUUCAGAGAGCUCGGGACAGGAAAUAGAAUUGCUACAUGGCUGUUCUAUAUGAGUGAUGUGUCUGCUGGAGGAGCUACUGUUUUUCCUGAAGUAGGAGCCAGUGUUUGGCCCAAAAAAGGCACCGCUGUCUUCUGGUAUAAUCUGUUUGCCAGUGGAGAAGGAGAUUACAGCACACGCCAUGCAGCCUGCCCCGUGCUAGUUGGAAACAAAUGGGUAUCCAACAAAUGGCUGCAUGAACGUGGACAGGAAUUUCGAAGGCCGUGCACCCUGUCAGAAUUGGAAUGACAGACAGGCUCCCCUCGCUCCUGAUGUCCUCUAACAUGCCUGGCACAAUUGCUGAUUAGAACUUUCUGAAGUUUACAGCUGACUAACACUCCAUGAUUCAUUCGGUCAUGAACUUCAUCCCGUGUUUUGUCCGUGGACAAUCACUUAUUUUGUGGGGGUUUUUGUUUUUUAAUUAACACUCAAUCACCACAUUAUGUAAAAUUUUACAGUUCAGUUAUCACAGGGUACAGGACAUUUAAAAUGAGGAAUCCUAAUUGUUGUUUAAGAGCAUUUUGGUUAGAUUAAAAAAAAAAAAAAAAAAAAACCAAACCAUCCAGUUGUAGAUUUUCCACAUCUCAGUAGAUGGUGGGCCAAGAGAGGCUGUGCAUGGGGUACAGAUGCUUACACCCCCGCUCAUCCUUGGCUGGGUUGCUGAGCACUGGUAAUCAACUAGGAGCCUAGUCUGGGUCCUAAGGGGCUCGCCUCCAUCUAUUAUUCCACAUUCAUAUUUCUUACUAUUUAAAGAAACCAUAUUUUUACCAAAUCCCCCUCCUCACCAGUGGUGAAUUCAGCUGGUUAGAGAAAAUUCCUUUGUUGAAAAAGUCCUGCAUGGCAGACCUGGCCUCACAAUUCAAAUGCUCAGACUUGGGCUUUUUCUUAAGUGACUGACGGUGUCCAGAGACUUGCUGUUCCAUGUGCCAACAUGCUGCCUUGUGUCCUGCCGCAGCAGCUGGUGAUGGUGGCGUUCCGAUUCAGUACUGUGCCUUAGAAGACUCGGAGUUAACAUAGACAGGUCCUUGUCAUGACGAGUGAGGGAGUGGAUUCUUAAAAAGAAAGCUGUUUUAUAAAAAGCCAAAAUGUGUUUUUCUUUUAAAAUCUGAAACGUGUUAUAACAGUGACCUAUUUAUGAUCUUAAAUCUUUUUUAAAAAAAUGUUUCUGUGUGGUAUUUUUCAUGUUUAAAUUCAAGUAUAAGAUAACAGUGCUCACAGGUUAAUAUACAUUACUCCUUUACUACAUAGAGUUUAGAUUUAAUAUUUGUGGUUAGACAUUUAUUCAAUCAAAACAUGGUUCCUUGGGGUAGAGCAUGCCUCACCCCCUCCAGACUCUGUGAAACACUAACAAAAAGUGUACUUCUUCAGAGACGGUCAUGCUUUGAUUGUGAGUUGUUAAAAUAAUGAAACUUACUCUUGCUUUUAUUCAAAA